GCCAACGGCAAGGACCCCCUGGAAGGUGCCGGGGACAAUUCCGAAGCCUUGGACGCUCAGGCAGGCUCGGUGGACGAGGAGAACGGCCGUCAGCUUGGAGAGAUCGAGCUGCAAUGCGGCAUUUGCACCAAGUGGUUCACGGCCGACACGUUUGGCAUUGACACCACAUCCUGUCUGCCCUUCAUGACCAACUACAGCUUCCAUUGCAACGUUUGCCACCAUAGUGGGAACACCUAUUUCUUAAGAAAACAAGCAAAUCUCAAGGAAAUGUGCCUUAGUGCUCUGGCCAACUUAACGUGGCAGUCAAGGACACAGGACGAGCACCCAAAAACUAUGUUCUCCAAAGAUAAGGAUAUUAUCCCUUUCAUCGAUAAAUAUUGGGAGUGCAUGACAACAAGACAGAGACCUGGCAAGAUGACUUGGCCUAAUAAUAUUGUCAAAACAAUGUGUAAAGAGAGAGAUGUGUUCUUGGUGAAAGAACAUCCAGACCCAGGGAGUAAAGACCCAGAAGAGGAUUACCCAAAGUUUGGACUUCUAGACCAAGAUCUCGCCAAUAUUGGGCCAGCCUAUGAUAACCAGAAGCAGAACAACGCUGUGUCCACGAGUGGAAACCUAAAUGGGGGAAUCGCCGCAGGAGGCAGCGGGAAAGGCAGGGGAGCGAAACGCAAGCAGCAGGACGGCGGCACGACGGGAACAGCCAAGAAAACCAGAAGCGACCCGCUGUUCUCGGCRCAGCGGCUGCCUCCGCACGGCUACCCCUUGGAGCACCCCUUCAAUAAGGACGGGUACCGAUACAUCCUGGCCGAGCCCGACCCGCAYGCGCCUGACCCCGAGAAGCUGGAGCUGGACUGUUGGGCCGGGAAGCCCAUCCCUGGGGAUCUCUACAGAGCCUGCYUGUACGAGCGGGUCCUGCUGGCGCUGCACGACCGAGCCCCCCAGCUGAAGAUCUCCGACGACCGGCUCACCGUGGUCGGCGAGAAGGGCUAUUCCAUGGUGCGGGCGUCGCACGGCGUGCGCAAGGGCGCCUGGUACUUCGAAAUAUCCAUGGACGAGAUGCCGCCGGACACYGCUGCCCGGCUGGGCUGGUCCCAGCCACUAGGGAAUCUCCAGGCUCCGCUGGGAUACGACAAGUUCAGUUACUCCUGGCGCAGCAAAAAGGGAACCAAGUUUCACCAGUCAAUAGGGAAACACUAUUCRGCCGGCUACGGACAGGGGGAUAUCCUGGGAUUUUACAUCAGUCUUCCRGAAGACACCGAGACUGCUAAAUCACUGCCCGAUACCUACAAAGAUAAGGCUCUGAUCAAGUUCAAAAGCUACUUGUACUUUGAGGAGAAAGAUUUUGUGGACAAAGCAGAGAAGAGCCUGAAACARGCGCCCGGGAGCCAAAUAAUCUUCUUCAAAAACGGUGUCAGCCAAGGCGUUGCCUUUAAGGACAUUUUUGAGGGAGUUUAUUUUCCYGCUAUUUCUCUAUACAAAGGCUGCACGGUUUCCAUCAAUUUUGGACCAUAUUUCAAGUAUCCUCCCAGAGACAUCACCUACCGCCCCAUGAGCGACAUGGGCUGGGGCGCCGUGGUGGAGCACACGCUGGCCGACGUCCUGUACCACGUGGAGACGGAGGUGGACGGCCGCCGCAGCCCRCCCUGGGAGCCCUAAAGGGGGGACCCCCCGCGCCCCCGGCUUGAGGGGCUUUUAGGCUCGGCGACUGUUCCGAGGCGGGGGUGGCCUCAUGGCUACAGCCACACCGGAGGCAACAGCCGCACCUCUGGCCUGUGCUGUGGGCAGCUUGUGGCGUCUCAGCUCCUGAAGAAGCAACUGGUUGUGUUGAGAUGAAGUUCCCAGUUGUGCUGGGUUGGCAACAGCGUGUGCAGAGCAGGCUGCAGCUGAACGCCUUUGGAAACAGCCUCCACCCCAAGGACUGUGUGGCAGCAAGACUGAGCACGGGCAAAGCCCGGAACUGUAUUUUUUAUUAAACUGGAAGCCAGUUACCAAUAAA